UACGACGUUCCGCUUCCUCUCCAGCAGGUUCCUCCCCGGGCCGGACCAGACGCUCUCUGGGGGGAAAGAGAGAUUAGACGAAAGUGCCCGCAUGUUUAAAUUCUCUAUCACUUUUUGAAGCUCGAGGGCGUUUGUGAAAUCUCAGCGUGGAAACUGGGCUCCAGAAAGACUCGGGGGAAGCAGACGCGGGGCGGAGUUUGGAGAGUUGGUCCGGAGUGCGGUUGUUUUUUUCUGCGGUUCACAACAACCGGAACACACAAAGGCUGAAAGGAUAAACCUGUACAGAGAAAACUUGAAGAAAGGUGAACGUGUGUGUAGAUGUGUGACAGCGGACUGUGUGAGGACAAGCCCCCCGCCCCCCCUGUCAGGAUGAGCAGCCAAGGAGGAGCCAAGGACCCCCAGUCAGCCAAUCACAGCUCGCGGCCGCUGCCGUCGGUCCCGGAGGAGAGAAAGUCCAGAAACAAGAUCAUCUCUAUGUUUGCCUCUGAGAAAGGAGGUCGGAAGAAGGACCGGGACAACAGGCCGGAAAUCUCUUCCCCCUCUGACUUUGAACACACUAUUCACGUGGGCUUCGACGCCGUCACCGGAGAAUUCACUGGCAUGCCGGAGCAGUGGGCCCGUCUCCUCCAGACCUCCAACAUCAGCAAGACGGAGCAGAAACAGAAUCCUCAAGCCGUCCUCGACAUCCUCAAGUUCUACGACUCCACCAGUGGAAAACAGAAAUACCUCAGCUUUUCCGCCUCGGAUAAAGAGUCACAAUCGCCAGGCAAACAGGGUACGACAACUUCUCCAUCAAGAAAGGAUGGCGAUGACGAUGAUGACGAUGAUACACCGCCUCCAGUCGUGGCUCCGCGGCCAGAACAUACAAAAUCAGUGUACACGAGGUCCGUGAUCGAUCCGAUCCCGGCUACGGAGACGGACGGAGCCUCGAAGGCAGCCGACAAACAAAAGAAGAAAGGAGGCAAGAUGACCGACGAGGAGAUCAUGGAGAAGCUAAGAACUAUUGUCAGUAUUGGAGAUCCCAAGAAGAAGUACACUCGCUACGAAAAGAUUGGCCAAGGGGCUUCAGGCACUGUUUACACAGCCAUAGAUGUUGCAACAGGACAAGAAGUGGCCAUCAAACAGAUCAACCUGCAGAAACAGCCAAAGAAAGAGCUCAUCAUUAACGAGAUCCUGGUCAUGAAGGAGAUGAAGAACCCCAACAUUGUCAACUUCCUGGACAGCUUCCUGGUCGGGGACGAGCUCUUCGUGGUGAUGGAGUAUCUGGCCGGCGGCUCGCUGACCGACGUGGUGACGGAGACGUGCAUGGACGAGGCGCAGAUCGCUGCGGUCUGCAGAGAGGUGCUUCAGGCUCUGGAGUUUCUUCAUGCCAACCAGGUCAUCCACAGAGACAUCAAGAGCGACAACGUGCUGCUGGGGAUGGACGGAUCAGUCAAACUUACUGACUUCGGCUUCUGCGCUCAGAUCACUCCUGAGCAGAGCAAACGCAGCACGAUGGUCGGGACUCCGUAUUGGAUGGCUCCCGAAGUGGUCACCAGGAAAGCUUACGGGCCCAAAGUGGACAUCUGGUCUCUGGGGAUCAUGGCGAUAGAGAUGGUGGAAGGAGAACCUCCGUAUCUGAAUGAGAACCCUCUCAGGGCGCUGUAUUUAAUCGCCACCAAUGGGACUCCUGAGCUGCAGAGCCCGGAGAAGCUGUCUCCGAUCUUCAGGUCCUUCCUGUCUCGCUGUCUGGAGAUGGACGUGGAGAAACGAGGCUCGGGCAGGGAACUGCUGCAGCAUCCAUUCCUGAAGCUGGCCAAGCCUCUGUCCAGCCUCACCCCGCUCAUCCUGGCAGCCAAGGAGGCCAUGAGGAGCAACCGCUGAGCCUCGGUCCCUCGGGACCGCCACGACUCCAGCCAGCAGCUUUCACUGCUCUACCUUCUGACGACUAUCAGCCUCUUGCUUCUCUUUGGUUUUAUUUUUGUUUGUUUUAAAGAUUACAUAUCGCUGCUCACCUGUGUUAUUUCCAUCAUAGGUUGGGAACCACUGCCCUAUGUUGUCCUCUGUUUUGUUUAAAGCGUCGUCUCUGUUGACUCUGGAUAUCAGGAAUGCAAUAUUACCGGUAUUUAUGACACUUUGCACACAGCAGGUCGACAUAUAAGUGCUCCACAGCGUGACGUGUCUCUCAACUCUUGCAAAAACACAUUUAUAUUGGGAAAAAAUAAAAGGAGAACAAAUUCGUGCGGGACGGUCCAGGAAGGGAAACUUUUUUGAAGUAAUGAAUUCACUCCGUAUCUGCUCAAUGAGUGGUUGACGUGCAUCCGUCUGGCUGACUGUGAGUUCCAUGUGUGUGAUCACAGGAAAGAAUUGCCAUUGUGCACAAAUUAACAUUAUAUUUUUAACUGUUUCUUCCAACUUUUUAAGCCUUUUUUUUUUUUGUAAAUGCGAUAAAUGUUUUCCUUUUGCAUCUUCUGACAUCAACUGUCACGCUUGUCGUCGUCCUUCUAGACUCAUCGGUUGGACUCUUUGCAGCUGGUUCCUGUAGCUGCUGUUGUUAACUGGGUCCAAUGAAAUUUGGAAUGAGGAAUGAAAAGCUGCAGUGUGCUACAGUCGUGCAGGUUUGCAGACAGAGCAGUCUUUAUGCGCUGCAGUAGCCAUGCCAGUGUUCUCUUCUUACCCUGUAAUUCACUGAAAAUCAAGCCAUUCCAGCUUAUGGUGGAAAUUAGGUUUUUGUGUUUUCUUUUUUUUUUUUUUUUUUAAUUUCUUUCAGUAUAUUUUUUUUGUACAACAAACUUUUUUUUAAAUGCCUGUAUUAGUGGAUUCUUCUGCCCUCGUGUGGCAGUUGAAAAUAUCACCAGGAUUAAAAACACAGGGCUUCGACUUUAUAAACUAUCCAGACCUUUGGAGUUUAUUCUACAAGCUAUGCAAACCAGUCGGCCUUUUAGCAUUAUGUGCCUAAAAAAAAACUACAA